AUGAACUUCUGUGCAGUUUCUGAGAAUGGGAAUGUGCAGUUGUGGGACAUGAGGAGACCUGACCGAGUAGAGAAGCAGUUCAUACGGGGCCCUAUUUUUGCCCUGGACUGGCAUCCUGAAGUUAAAACUUGGAUUGCUACACUUGGCAGGGAUAAAACCAUAAAAGUUUGGGAUUUAAAUGAAAUUCCUACUGUAUGCAACACCAUUCAAACAAUUGCUUCAGUUGGCAGAGUCAAGUGGAGCAACACCAAGUACCACAUUGCUAGCUCUGCCUUGCUGUGGGACUGUAGCAUUAAUGUUUGGGACAUAAGGCGGCCUUAUAUACCUCUGGCAGCUUUUAGCAGGCACAAUCUAACUACUAGCAUUGCUGGUGAGGGUGACCCAAACAGUUUACUGUCUGUUGGAAAGGAUUGUACCUUGAUUCAUCAUUCCUUUCAAGAUGCAGCAAGGCCUAUGGAAGAUGUCAAUCCUGCUGCCUUAGACAUUAGUAUUUACGGCAACAUCUCCAAUGCUUCCCGGAUAAAAGAGGACUCUGAGCCCACUGGAUCUCUGACAAAGUUAUGUUUUGGUCCCUCAGAAUCACCCAUAAAUGGUCCAGUCUCUACCCACCACCUUGUUGAGUCUGCCAAGCAGUACCUCCUCACUGGACGUUCCUGGGAGAUAUGUGAACAUAAUGCUGGAGUAGUGUUGGUGGUGGUGACCACUUGUCAGGUCUGGGGCUCCUCCAGAGAUGAUCCAACUGUACAGCCAGACACCAGUUUGGAGAAUGAACAGAGAUCGUCACGUCACUUCUCUGGGGGUGAUGCUGGUGGAGACACAUCUGGAGGAGGCUUCAAUCACGAGGACGGGGCUCCAGCCUGGGUGUUCGACCUGGUAGUGGAAAUGCUCUAUUAUUAUGCAACUCACGGUGGCGUCCAGAUGUCAGUCACCUGUUUCAUUGUUCUCCGUGAUAGACUGAAGGAGCUCCUGGAUGCAGACCAGGUUGAACAUUGGUUUAUAUCAUAUAUUGACAUCUUGCAGCACUUGCAGUUAUGGAAUGUUGCUAAUCAAGUCAUACAGCUUGCAGAAGGCCUUCCUUCUGUGCGACAACAAAACCAGCAAUCUACAUCAGUGACAUUGCACUGUGGUCGUUGCAACUUUCCUUUGGGCUGGAACAGUCUUCUCUGUAGAAAGUGUGGAUGUGCGUCGGCAACAUGUGCUCUGUGUCACGGGAUGGUACGCGGUCUGUACGUAUGGUGUCAAGGCUGCUCCCAUGGUGGCCAUCUCCACCACAUCAUGCAGUGGAUGGCCAACAACAAGGCGUGUCCAGCUGGGUGUGGUCAUUUAUGUGAAUAUACCUAAUAUUUGUAUUAAUUCAUUCUGUUAAUGUGUAUGUAGUCUUAUUUUCAUCUUAUAGCCUUUGACAGUUUACUUACACUGUACAGUACUGUAACAUUAUCUUGAGUUUGCAUCUGAGUUUAAGUAUUUUGAGUAAGGAUGCAAUAUAAUGGUGUUACUUUUAAACACAAAUAUGUUUAGAUAUUUUCAACAUAUUGAAAGAAAACUGUGAUAUGCCUCUCAUAGAUGUGAGAUAUAGUUGUUAGAUAGAACACAGAUUAUAAAACAAUAUCUUAGCAACAAUUUGUAUUGAUAAUUGUUGUUACUGUAUAUAGUUAUUAAUGUACUUACAAAUUAUGAGAAAAUCCAUGUGACCUUUUUAUAUUAAAAUAUUUUGAAGAGUAUCUUUUAAUAAAUUGUAUAUACUGAUUA